AAAUAUAACCUAGUGUGUUUAUAUGCCCUGCCCUGCGUGAACACACUAACCCGAAGCCUCAAUACGGUGUGGUGUGAAUCGGGGUUAGACAGCAAAUAGGGAGAUUGGUCCGAGGAAAAGGAAUAUACGGAGGGACAGAGUAACAAUGUUGGACGGAUUUUUCAUCGGAUAUACGACUCCGAUCCUGGUAUCAGGGGUAUGCUUGCUUGCACUGUGGUACAGUACCAGACGCCCAUCUGGGCUGCCUCCUGGGCCGAGGGGUGUACCAGUCUUAGGCAACCUUGUGUCAAUGAAACCGGACUUCAGAGAGCAGUUCCAAGAGUGGAGGAAACAAUACGGAGAUUUAUUCACUCUCUAUCUAGGCAACCGUUUAACCAUAGUGCUGAACGGAUAUGAUACGGUUAAGGAGGCGCUGGUGAAGAAUAGCGAUGUCUUCGCCGUGAGGCCCUAUGCAGUUGUGUUUAACGAUCUUUUCCAAAAUAAGGGCGUUAUAUCAAGCAACGGGGAGGUGUGGAAGGAACAGAGAAGACUAACACUCUCUACACUGAGAGACUUUGGAAUGGGUAAAAACAUACUCCAAGAGAAGAUUAAUGAGGAAGUGCAGGUUUGUCUGGAGGUCAUUGCAGAUCAGAAGGGACACAAAUACGACACAGAUCCCAUCAUCCAGACAUCUGUGUCCAAUAUCAUCUGUUCUAUGGUGUUUGGGAGACGAUUCCAGCAUGACGACCCACUGUUUAUAGAAUAUCUUAAAAAGACAGACGAGAACUUCAAGGCAGCUGGGAAGCUUGGUGGACUAAACUUCAUCCCUUUUGCCAAGCAUCUUCCUGGUGAUCUGUUCCUUUAUCACAGGACUGUUAAGAACAUAGCGUUUUACGAGGACAGACUGAUAAAACCGUCCAUUGAAGAACACCUCAAGGCCUUUGAUGAAAAUAACAUUGACGACUUCAUCGCUGCAUACAUAAGGGAGAUGAAGGUUAAGGAGAAACAAGGGGUGGAGACGUCCAUUGGAUUUGACAAUCUGGUGAAAGUCGUCGGAGAUUUGUUUAUUGCUGGAACUGACACAACGUCGACUACAAUUCAAUGGAUACUGUUGUAUCUGACAAUGCAUCAAGACAUCCAGGCGAAAUGCUUCAGGGAAAUCGAGGACAAUAUUGGAACAGAGAAACGUCCUGAGAUGACUGACAAGCUGAAGCUUCCUUUUAUAGAAGCAACCAUUACAGAGGUUCAGAGGAUCGCCAAUAUUUCACCAAUAGCUGGAUUCCACGGGGUCACGGAAGACAUUGUGCUCAAAGGAUAUCAUCUCCCAGCUGGUUGCAUCAUCUUCCCAAACUUAGACUCUAUCAUGAUGGAUCCUGAAAUUUGGGAAAAUCCUGGACAAUUUCGACCGGAGAGGUUUCUUAGUGCUGAAGGUAAAUUUGUGAAACCCGAGGAAUUUAUUCCGUUCUCGCUGGGAAAGAGGGCGUGUCCGGGAGAGUCACUUGCCCGGAUGGAGCUGUUCCUAUUCAUCACAGGGCUCGUCCAGAGGUUUCACUUCCUGCCACCGGAAGAUGAACCGCCUCUGUCUAAGGAGCCCUUACCUGGAGCAGUGCUUAAACCGCAACCCUUCAAGGUUAUGUCUGUACCCAGGCAGUAGAUUUGCACUGUGCUCUUUAUAACAGAACAGGGAUACUGUAAUUGUCAACGUAUUUUUAGUUAAGAGUCUUUUUGUUGUACGUAAACCCGAUCACCAAUGGCAUUUUCGAAAUCAUAAAUGUUCAAUAUGUACAAAAACAUAUAAUGGGUGAAGUUUGUGCGGGAUCCGUAUUUCCAGUGUAGAUUACAUGUCAGUAUACACAGACUCAAGAUAUAGUCAGCCUUUUGUAUAAACUCCAUUUACACUU